UGACAUGCACAGCACAGCACAGCACAGCACCUGAUGACGUGGCAGGCCCGAUCUCGGCACAUUGCAUAACGAGCGCAAUUCCCGCCUCCUAACAUUUCAAUCCUUAGGAGGUUCCAAAUUCAGCAUUUAGGUCCACUUUCCGGUUGGCAUUUAGGCCGAUUCGCCAACAUUCCACCCGCCCUCUAGACCGCCUUGUUGAACGGGUAGCGAAGCUGCUGUCCUCCGUAGUACCGCGCGUAGGUACUGUGUGUGUAGUCCCGUGUGUAGUUCCUUGGGCCUUCGAAUCGGCCCAGUCCCCUUCUCGCUGGCAGUUUCUCGCUCCAACGUUCGUAGUCACAGCCAGGUGCCAAGAGCACCGCAUGCCGCACGGUGUCUCGAAGAGAGGCGCAUGCUCGCGCAAUCAGCUAGUCUGUGCCGUCCCGCGCGCUCUACCCUACUGCGCGUGCUCCUUUCCCCUCUCCACUUCCGAUUCACUCUCCCCGAAUAUUCUUCUCUCAUAGGCUUCCUCGCGCCAGUUGCCGCUUUAGUCACCGCCGAUUUAGUCACAACCACGUGGCCGCUGGUUCGGAAGACCAGCGCAGCAGCUUUCGAGCGUCAGGGCUUCCCGUCAGCUCAAAUCACGACUCCCUUUCGCUAGUGUCACACUCUGAUAGCAUGGCGAGUCUUCUCGAGCGGACGGAGAUCGGCGCGCUUGUAUCGGAGAAGAGGGAGAUUAUAUCGGUGCCCGACACCGCCACUGUGCUGGACGCUCUCGAGCUGAUGAACGCCAACAACAUCAUCGCGCUGCCAGUAGCAGCACCGCCAGGGAAGUGGCUUGGGGCUGGUGGCGCCAACAUCAUUGACGGGGAGAAGCAGUACAUUGGCGUGGUGAGCAUGGCGGACGUGGCCAUGCACCUGGUGAAGGAGAGGGCGAGGCCAGGAGCGCUAAAGGAAGGCGUGGUGAGCCUCAUAGGCAACUCGGCUGAGGGGCUGUCGCUGUGGGUCGCUUCCAACACCACCCCGUUAGUUGAUGCCAUGGAGCCGCUCAGCAAGGGCAUUCACAGGCUGCUGGUGCGCUGCCCCAUCGCCCCUGCUCCUGCCGCUGACUCCACACUCGCCCCUUCCUCCGCCGCCCCUUCCUCCGCCGCCCCUUCUGUCAUGACCUUCGGCCACACCACACCAGACGCACCAGACACACCGGAAACGCCACUAGAAGCAGCAUCAGAGAUAGAAGCGUCAGCUAGUAGGCCAGCAACAGGAGCAGAAAGCGAUACGGAAGCAGCAGCAGCAGCACUGCCCGUCAAGCACUCGUACCACUUCGUAUCCCAAACCGACGUGGUAGCCUUCCUGCUCAUGCACCUGGACUCCUUAGGCACCGUGGUUCAGCGCACCGUGGAGCAGCUAGGCCUGGUCGACCCCCUCUUCCCGCCCCUCGCUAUAGUGUCGUGCAUUACAGUCACGGACGCGCUGCGGCUGAUGCAGCGGGCGAGUGGGGUGCGGGCGGUGGCAGUGGUGGAGGGCAGUGCGGAGGAGGAGGAGGGGAUGGAGGAGGGGGAGGGGUCGGGGAGUGCUGCUGGUGCUGACGUGGCAGGAGGGCGGGGAGGAGGGGGAGGGAGGGGAAGGGAGAGGGGUGCUGCAGGAUGGGUGAGGGGAGGGAGGUUGCUGGGUACGCUGUCAGUGUCGGAUCUUAGAGGCAUGGAUGCGGACACUCUGGCCCAGCUCACAUCCAUGAAGGUUCGGGAUUUCCUCUCCCACAUGGCAUCCCUCACCCCGGAGGGCCGCCGCCCCUCCAUCACGUGCCGCAUGGAGGCCCCUUUGGCCGAGGUGAUGGCGCUGGCAGCGACCAACCACGUGCACCGCGUGUGGGUGACUAGUGAGGACGAUGAGCUGCUGGGAGUGGUGUCGCUGACAGAUGUCGUCGCGGCGUGCAGAAGGGCGGGAGGGCCGAGGUAGAUGAUGGGCUCUACGACCUCAGUAGUGCUGGCAGUGAACAACGGCAUGCACCGCGAGUGGGUGACCAGUGAGCUGCUUGGGGUGGCGCCACUGACAGAUCUCAUUGCGGCGUGUAGAAGGGCUGGAGGCCAGAGAUACAUAGGCAGCUUCCUAAGGGGUCAGUGGUGGUGCCGGCAGCGACCAACUGCGUGCGCCGCGUGUGGGUAACCAGCUAAGAUGGUGAGCUGGUGGGUCACGCACAGGUCGUUGCUGCCGCCUGCAGAAGGGGGCGGGAGGGCAUAGUUAUGCAAUGGAUAGGGCAGCAGUAACAGCGCUGGCAGUGGCAGUGGACUGGCGAUGUGGGAGUAGAUGGUGUGAUGUGAUCGCAGUUGUGGCAUGCAUGCAGCAUGCACAAGGCUGGGAGGGAGGGAGGUUGAAGAGGAGAGGAUAGGAUGUGAGAUGGUCAGGUCAGGGCAUGAGUCAGUUGUUCCACUGAGUCUUGCCAUGCCACCGCUGCAACAUUCAUGAAGCAUGAGGGCUGAAGGGUAGACCAGGGAAUCUUGUUGACCUGAAGUAUUGUAAGGGCAUUGAUCAAGUUCUUAUGCUCGCUGUGCUAGGGAAUAUUGUUGACCUUUUAUCAA